AUGGCUUCACUAAAGGAGUCGGACGGCGGCACUACUGCUGCUGCUGCUGCCGCCGGAACGCGGAAGAGGUCAAGCGCUGCGACAGAAAGACGGAAACUGCGGAACCGACUGUCUCAGCAAGCCUUUCGGGCGCGGCAGACACUAGAAAUCAACGAGCUCAAGCAGCAGCUCGCCCUGUUCUCGGGUUCCGAGAGUGAUCGCAACAGCAGACUCGUGGAAGAGAACCGCAAACUCAAACAGCUGCUAUGGCAGUCGGAGAAGAAGCUGCGGAGUCUCCAGGCCACGUUGAAGGGCAUCAUCGAUACCAUGAUCGAGAGUAGGGAGAACAACUUUGACGCACAUACUAGUGGGAGUGGCCUCGACGACGACGAUGAAGGACUGCAUUCGUGGACGGCCGACCUCAACAUGCCUGCUGGCCUUGUCGACGUCGAAGCACCGCCAGCCCCGCCACUCAACAUGGUAUUGAAUCCCAGGGCUUGCCCGGCUCCAGGCUCUGGCGUCUCAUCAUGCACCGAAAUGUCCGCCACUGAAAUGUAUGCAGCAGACCGGCACGCUCACACUACGGUCUCGUCAAACGACGGGUCCUUGCCGGAGGACAUCGACUGGGACGCCGACGCGGGGGUUUUGGCCUUGUCGACCACGACACCGCCUCCAGCUGCACCAACCGUGCGACGUACUCCCCCUCCACCCUCGAUUCAUGCCCCCAUCUAUCGCAACCUGCAGAUCAUGCCACGGUCCAACUACUCGGAACAUAUCCACGCGUAUGAGAUGUGCGCAGUCACUCGGUACCUAGGGCACAGACGGAACCCGGAUAUAUUCAGUCUCAAUCGCAUGGUAUCGAGUCUCGUCUCGGCCUUUAUCAAGGUCGCCUGGUGCCGCAUGGAAUCCUGGAUUCAAUGGACCAACGGACAGGAAACGCUCACCAAACUGGCCGCGUGGCGGAUAUCGCCCGGGCCCGAAACAUUUGCAGCAAUUCCACCCUCGAUGCAGCCCACGCCGCUGCAGACCUCGGUGCCACAUCCGCCCGUCAUCGACUGGUGCGUCUUCCCCUUUCUGAGGGACAAGUUGAUCCAGUACCACUGCGCCGACCCGGCGCUGGACGAGAUCUGCGGCGACAUUGGCCUGGCAUACGUCGUGCAGGCGGACCUGUCCGAGUUCGUGCUCGGCGCGGAACCCCUCGUCGUGUACUUUAACAUCCACGACAUCAUCUCCGGCAUGGAAACAAACCCGGCGAUUCUGAGCGACGCCGAUAACGCCAACGCCAACAACUCCAACUCCACCUCCACCGCCCUGAUCGGGCCCAAGCCCGCCGUCAAACUGCCCGCCCCGGACCUUUACACGCUGCUCCACACCAAAGAGUACGCGCACGAGCUGUACCGCCGGCUCAAGAUCGGCCAGGGCCUCGAGGAGUACCUGCUCGAUCCGGACCUGUUUGCCAAGUACCCGCACCUGUACGAGCCGAGCGUCAAGAUCGCCCAGGGUGUGCCCCUGCGGUCGCGCAACAGGAUUCCCUGGUCCGUGCCGCGGCCCUUGGACGACGUGGCCAUGAGUUGGUAUCGUAGCUGUUUGGCCGCCUAG